AGAACUCUCUUAAGACCUUUACAACCUUAUUGUUGCAAAACAUAUCGAUGGCAUUGGGUACAGAAGGAUUUAUAAACUUCUGAAUGUCCCAGUGAGCACUGUUGGGGCCAUACUCCGGAAGUGGAAAGAACAUAAGUUCACCAUAACCAGGUGCUCCUUGCAAGAUUUCUGACAGAGGAGUGAAAAUAACUAUCAGCAAUGCCCUCAGAGGAGAAUAACUUCAGCAAUCAGACAGCUGCACAACCUGGGAAUGAACCUCCUGCUUAUUACAAUUCAUAUGCAGAAGAGCCAGUGUGGAAUGUCUCCAGUGUGACACCUAGUGAGCAGACUUGGAAUGACUGUCCUCCUGCCUAUGACUCCCUUCUCGAUAUCCCUGUAUGGAGUAUUCCUAUUAUCCAACCUACUGCACCUACAGAGGACCAGCUAUGGAACUUUCCCCUGCCUAUUCCGGAAUACAGUGAAGCUUCACCUAACACCAACACCAAUCGGAACUCAGGGAAUACUCCAAUAAGUUUUAAUACCCUAUUUAAACAGAAAUUUCAGAGAGGAAAGCCUAUAUGUGUAGGAGUGCUGGUGAUUUCGUGUGCCUUUGUGCAGAUCGCAGUAGGUAUGAUGUUGGCAUUUAACACUAUGCGUGAUCACUCUGAAACCCUAUCAUAUGGAAUACCAUACUGGACAUCAGUGUGUUACAUUAUAACAGGGUGCCUGCUAAUCGCUGCAAAAAUUCGGACUACCCGCUCUCGGGUAAAAAUUUCAAUAGCGUUUGACAUCUUAUCAAUGAUUCUCAGUAUUAUAGGACUGGUAUUUAAUAUUAGGGAUAUCGUUAAAUUUUGCAAUGAUAAAGACUCAAAUUCUGCAUGUCGCGGCAGAAUGCAGGACUCUACUUAUAAGACCAUACGGAGGCCUAUCUCUACAUUAACCACUUCAAGAACAGGCCUAUGUCUGACAAGUUAG